AUGAAGGUUCCAUAUGCUGCUUCGAUGGCGGCACUGACUGGUCUCUCGCUUCUGGUGCCUUCGGCGUAUGGAAUGGAAUUUUUUAACUGCGGCGAUAAUGCAAGAUUUCUCGUCAGCUUAAUGAUGGGUUUUGGAUCACGGGAUCCUACAACAAUACAGCGAGACACCGAUCCACCUUAUCCCGAGGGACAAAUCUACGGUGCAAGACGAUUUGAAAUGCCGAUACAGAGUAACACUAUGAGGAGCUUCAUGGUUCAAAGCAUUAGUGGAAGCCAACCCAUUCGACUCUAUGAAAAAGUUUCCUCAGGAUGGAAAUUCUGUCCUAUCGAGGAUUACGAUAUUUAG